AUGCCUUUUCCAUACAAGACGGCUCGUAUCACUGGCGCCACAUCCGGGAUCGGCCACGCUUUGGCAGAGCGUCUAAUCGAGAACAGCAUCCUUGUCAUUGCAGUAUUAGGGCGUCGUGCAGAUCGCCUAGAACACCUUCUCUCCAAGCAUGGAAGUUCGAGGGUUGCCGCUGAGGUCUACGAUGUUUCUGAUAUCGACGACUACCUCAUCCUCAACGCAGGCAUCCAAAACACAUUUAACUUCACCCCCGCCCUCCUAGAAACAGCCAAAUACGAACUAAGUCUAAACUACCUCUCCCCGCUCGUCACAACAACACACAUCCUCCCGCACUUCGAGUCCCCGUCCCCCUCCCCGACCGCCGUCAUCCUAGUGACCUCGGGCCUAGCCAUCGUCCCCAUACCCCGCUGCGCAAACUACUGCGCCAGUAAAGCCGCGCUCCGGUCGCUGGCUUGGAGCCUGCGCGCGCAGCUCGCCGACCGCGGGGCCCGCGCCGAGAAUAUUCGCGUCGUGGAGAUCGUUUCGCCUGCUGUUAGGACGGGGUUGCAUUCGCGGCAGGCGGAUCUUGUUGCGGCGGGACGGGAUGGUGUGGGUAUGCCGCUGGGGGAGUUUAUUGAUGAGACGUGGGGGGAGUUGGAGAAGGGUGAGAGGGAUGAUGUUAUUAUUGGGCAGGCGAAGUAUUUUGCUCGUGGGGAGGAGGAGAGGAAGAAGGCUUUUGAUGGGUUGCUUGCGAUGGUGAAGGGGCGUUGA